AUGGCAGACGAGGUGGGCAAGGAGAUUUCGCCCGGAGCGCCUGUCCAGGCCACCCAGCAGGAAACCCCUGUUUCUUCCAUCAAGAAGCUUGACAGCGAGUUUGUUGACACCGCGGAAAAGGGUGUCGCUGAGCACAUCAACCUGAACAAGAACACUUCCGCCAAGAUCAAGAACCCUCUCGCCGACCUGUCCGAGGAUCAGGUGCUUCGCGACGUCGGAGACUUUGCUCAGGAACAUGGCCUGAACGAUAUCCUCCCCAACUUGCGCAAGGGUUCUCUUAUUGCUCGCGAUCCCGAGAACUUUAGGUCCGUUCCUGGUAUGGCCCCAGACGAAGUACAAGUCAUUCAGGAUGAGACCGAUCACAAGUGGCGUCAGCCUCGCUCUCUCUACUUUACUAUUAUUCUCUGCUCUAUCGGUGCUGCCGUCCAAGGCUGGGACCAGACAGGAAGCAACGGUGCCAAUCUUAAAAUGCCUGAAGAUCUCGGAAUCCCCGAGACUGGGCCCCACGCCGCACGUAACCAGUGGCUUGUUGGUGUUGUCAACGCUGCUCCGUACAUCGCUAGUGCCGUCAUUGGCUGCUGGCUUUCCGACCCUUGCAACUACUACCUCGGACGUCGUGGUGCAAUCUUCGUCUCUGCUAUCUUCUGUCUUAUCUCUCCAUUCGGUCAAGCCGUCAGCCAAACCUGGCCCCAACUCUUCAUCACUCGCGCCCUUCUCGGUAUUGGUAUGGGACUUAAGGCAUCGACAAUUCCCAUCUUCUGCGCUGAGAACACCCCAGCCGCCGUCCGUGGUGGCUUGGUCAUGUGCUGGCAGUUGUGGACUGCAUUCGGUAUCUUCCUCGGAACCACUGCCAACCUGAUCGUCAAGGAUACCGGAACAAUCGCCUGGCGUCUGCAGAUGGGCUCCGCCUUUAUUCCUGCUAUUCCCCUGAUAAUCGGUGUCUACAUGUGCCCCGAGUCACCUCGUUGGUACAUCAAAAAAGGAAGACUUCGUGAAGCCUACGAGUCUCUUUGCCGUCUUCGCAACACCGAACUGCAGGCUGCUCGUGACUUAUACUACAUCUACGCCCAGAUCAAGGUCGAGCAGGAGAUUGCUGGCGAAGGGAAUUACCUCACCCGCUUUGUGGAACUGUUUACCAUCCCUCGUGUCCGCCGUGCGACUCUCGCCUCCUUCACUGUAAUGAUCGCUCAGCAGAUGUGCGGUAUCAACAUUGUUGCUUUUUACUCCUCCACCAUUUUCCAACAAGCCAAUGCAUCUUACAGCGAGUCUCUCUGGGCCUCUUGGGGUUUUGGUCUCGUGAACUUUUUGUUCGCCUUUCCCGCGGUCUGGACCAUUGAUACUUUCGGUCGACGCUCUCUUCUUCUUUUCACUUUCCCCCAGAUGGCGUGGACCCUGCUCGCGGCUGGCUUCUCCUUCUACAUUCCUUCAGAGUCCAAGGCUCAUCUUGCUUUGAUCGCUUUGUUCGUAUUCAUGUUCGCUGCGUUCUACUCGCCUGGUGAAGGCCCUGUCCCGUUCACCUAUUCCGCUGAAGUCUUCCCUCUCUCUCACCGUGGUACGUACCCUUCUCCCUAUCGCAAAUGCCAGUUCUAA